UCUGUGUAAUUCUACAAUGGCGGAUAGCGGUGCCGUGCAAUGCGAUUGCCGCUUAUGUUCUUUUUUGUAGAGUGAAACAUAAUUAAAGUUGUGUUUUAUAGUUUGUUCAGCUGGUAUAAACAAAGUGAUACAAUAAGAACUGUAACUAUUUCAUUCAACGUUAGAUGAUCAUUUUGUUGUGCAUCGCUCUUGACGCAAACUAAGCAUUUCAGCCGUCAUCAACACCUAUUUACCAUGGCAGAGUAUCUUGCUGCUAUCUUUGGUACAGAAAAAGACAAGGUCAACUGCUCCUUUUAUUUCAAAAUUGGAGCUUGCCGUCAUGGAGACAGGUGCUCUCGAAUUCAUAACAAGCCAACCUUUUCACAAACAGUGUUGCUGCAAAACCUUUAUGUGAAUCCCCAAAACUCUGCAAAGUCUGCUGAUGGCAGCCAUUUGGUUGUAGCCAAUGUGUCGGAUGAGGAGAUGCAGGAACAUUACGACAAUUUCUUUGAAGAUGUUUUUGUGGAAUGUGAAGACAAAUAUGGAGAGAUUGAGGAAAUGAAUGUGUGUGAUAAUUUGGGGGAUCACCUAGUCGGAAAUGUUUAUAUUAAAUUUCGUCGCGAAGAAGACGCGGAGAAGGCCGUGAACGACCUGAACAACCGCUGGUUCGGCGGCCGCCCCGUCUACGCGGAGUUGUCGCCUGUCACGGACUUCCGCGAGGCGUGCUGUCGCCAGUACGAGAUGGGAGAAUGUACCCGCUCCGGCUUCUGCAACUUCAUGCACUUGAAGCCCAUCUCUAGGGAACUUAGGAGAUACCUGUACUCGCGUCGCAAGGGUGGGCGAAGGUCGCGCAGCCGCUCCCGCGAGCGCCGCCCGCGCCGCUCGCGCUCCCGCGACCGCGGCGCCGGCGGCGGCGGCGGCGGUGGCGGCCGCCGCGAGCCCGCGCGCAACUCGCGCUCCGGCCGCUACUGACCGCUCCGGCGCUCCGCACGCACCGCUCCCCGACACACUCAACCCAAACAGUGAUGCCAUCUACCGACCGAUCUUUACUGUGUGGGAAAGAUACUCCGGAAGCCUCGCACGAGCUCUUCAUAAACCCGAGAUGCCCACAUCAAAUUUGCUGUUAGAUUCCAAAAUGAAAGACUAUCGACGACUAAUCAGAUGGAUUGUGUGUCUAUGCGAGUCCUACUCCUGCUAGUGACCUUUCUCCGCUUGAGACAGAUUAUCGUUCAUUCUCUUUCACUUUAACAUAGAAUCAGCGGUCACUACCUAUACACAAAUACCGUAACACCAAAAUUAAAAAAACACUAAUAAGGAUCCAAGUUAAUUGCGAACGUUUGUGUUUUUUUUUAAAUGCAAAAAAUAAGUAUAAAUAAUUUGGUUACUUUGUUUGGUGUUGAAAUAUCUUUACUAUUGAUAUUAAUAUAUGUGUCUUCAAAGCAGUGGGUACUGAUGUGCAUACGGCAAUAUGCACAAAGUUAAAAUAUAACAUCUUAUUUUGUCUUUUAUUAAGAAUCUGUCACAGUGCGGUAUUGCAGUACUAACCUAAAAUAGUUUUAUACUAAGAAAUUGUGACAUUUAAUAAUAACUAUUAAGUAUUCAUUCCUUAAUUUAUUUUU